AUGCACAACGAACCGCGCACAGCCCCUUUCAUCGAACCUUUGCUAGCAGUUUGUGGCUCAUGGAAGAAUCGUGAGAUGUACAAACUCUGGCCCUCAUUGCUUCGAAUCGCGGAACGCUGGAAUGAGAUGGGGUCUGCCUUGCCACAGUGGCCAACUGCUUUUGGACAAGACGACUUGGAGAGACACAACAAGGAGUUAGAGAAUACUGACUACGUACAGUCCAUCAUGCAAGCGUUUGAGAAGGAGAGAGUGUUACCUGCGGAUGGGAGAGUCGAUCCAGGUGACUUUGAGACUCUCAAAGUCGUCAAUCAAGCUUAA